UACCGCCCCUACAGACCGCUGUGAGGUUCUUGUACUGGGUUUACUGGCGGUAAUUGGCUAUUAAUGCUAGGAUCAUAGGCUGUCGAUUGUUGUAGAAAUUACAUGGGCUAUAUAAAGCCCUUUUCCAAAAUAUUUCAAAAUUUAUUUCGGAACGAUCACAUGCGUAUCUCUACCAAAUAAUACUUAAUUUACAUGUUGAUUUCAAAGUAAUAUUUAAAACUCUUGAUUUAAAGCUGGUAUAAAAUUGCUUUGGAAUUUGACGUCUGCGAUUUUGGAGACCGUAUACAAUGAAAGUAGAACAGGACAACCAGGAAAAUUCAGCUGUGAGGAGUUUACAGAGACUACAUGCUAUGGUUCUAAAGAAGAAUGACAUCCCGGAAGAUCUGCCUGGUACUCUGGUCAGCAAGGGGCGGAAACCUCGACACAGAACAACAUUUUCUCCAUUCCAACUGAAAGAAAUGGAGAAGGCUUUCCGACGAGCACCCUACCCAGACGUCGUCACCCGGGAGGAUUUGGCGCAGAAACUGGCUUUAAAUGAAUCCAGAGUUCAGAUCUGGUUUCAGAACAGACGCGCUAAGUGGAGAAAGGGCGUUGCUCCAAAGGUCGAUAUAUGUCCUGAGGACGAUUUCUCUGCCACUAAGACCGAACCCGUUACCCAAUUGCCACCUGCCCCGUCAACAGAGAAUCUUCCUAAUAAGGAGGGAGCAUGGCAACCCUGGUCCCUUCUGGCUGGAGACUAUUCCUACUAUCCACCAUCGUGGUUAGGACCCGUGGCAGAACAAUCUCAGACUCACUACCUGUCUCACCACCAGGCGGCACCACUGACAGGUCACGUGGAACACAUGUCAUUUCCGUCUCCGAUUAAUCUUGUUCAGAGAGAGAUGGGGUCACGGGAUACACCGUUUAUGAGUAAAUACGUAUUCGGAAAACCCAACAAAGAGUCCACAAACACUCGGAUGAAAAUGUUUAAUUAAGCUUGAAUUAUCAAUCAUAAACAUAAACGUAAUCAUAAUCAUAAACAUAUAUUUAUUGAAGUGUAUAUCUUGCUCAUGUACCAAUAUAAUAAAGAUAUCAGAAAACGCUAUCACUCCUUUAAUUGAAAGGAAACAAUAAAACAUAUUUUGAACAAAUUCGCAUUUUAAAAAACUAGAUGUUUUAAGCGUGAAACUUGUUUUAUUUUGCAUCAU